AGACAUCCAUCUAGGGGGAAGGCUUCGCACGCGCCACAAGGAAAAUAUGUGAACAGAAUAACGUGUAAAACCCCGGGGUUCGUCUUCAACCUGCGUCAAGCUUUUUCCUCCCUUCUAACGGAAAAUUUUGACGCUCUCCAUCCCUCUGAACCUAAACCCUAACGAUGGCGGAACAGCUCCUGACCGAGCAACCGCCGGCGCCUGACACAAACCAUACUUUCUGCUCGGAAUUCGAUACCCUCCCGGUACCCCCGCUGGAUCCCCUGUUUCUCCCCGGGUCGGAUUAUACGACAAACGAUAACCUGAAGGCAGAUCUAGGGUUCGGAUUCGAAGAAGAUGGAGAUAUCGAACUCACCUUUGACGAUCUCGACGAUCUGUAUUUUCCAUCGGAAACCGAACCUUUCAUCAUCCCUGUAUCGGCUCAGGCCAAGUCCUCACAAGGCUGCUCCGGAAAUUUCAAUCCAGAAUCCGGAGGCUUCGGAAUAUCCGGCGAUCAUAGUGUGGACGUCGUUGACAGUUAUAUGAAUUGGUGGUCGCCGGAGUCUGUGAGUUGUGAUCGGGGCUAUCCGAAGGUGCAAUCGUCGCAGGACUCAGGGGAUGGUUGCCCUGAGGCUACGACGAGUAUGAAUUUUCCAUCUCCGGCUUCAUCCCACGGUUCCGGCGUCUCCGAAGCCGUGAAUACGUCGUCCGCUGAUUCACGCAAUCCCGUUGUUGAUGAGAAGAUCAAAGUGAAGGAAAUCGGUAAAAAUUCAGUCACAAAAAGGAAAAAGGACAGUGAAGAUGCGACUGGAGAAUCCAGGACCAACAAGUUCCGUAGGUCGUUCGUACCGAGUGAAAAUACCAAUUCCGACGAGGUGAGUGUUACCACUAACGAGGAGGAGGAAAAAAGAAAGGCGAGAUUGAUGAGGAAUCGCGAGAGCGCACAGUUGUCUAGGCAGAGGAAGAAACAUUAUGUAGAAGAGCUGGAGGACAAGGUAAGGACUAUGCAUUCUACCAUUGCCGACUUGAAUAGUAAGAUAUCAUAUUUCAUGGCUGAGAACGCCACUUUGAGGCAGCAGUUGAGUGGUGGCGCUGGCAUCUGUCCUCCUCCUCCUGGUAUGUAUUCACCAAUGGCACCCAUGCCGUAUCCAUGGAUGCCCUGUCCACCGUAUGUAGUUAAAUCACAAGGAUCUCAGGUGCCUUUGGUUCCAAUUCCGAGGUUGAAACCUCAGCAACCCGUCUCGGCGUCUAAGCCCAAGAAGGGCGAGAGCAAGAAGGGCGUUUCUAGAACUAAGAAGGUUGCUAGUAUUAGUUUUCUGGGUCUUUUAUUUUUCAUCGUGUUGUUUGGUGGAUUAAUUCCAGUUAUCAACGUUAAGUACGGGGGAACGUAUGACAAUGUUGAUAUUGUGUCGGGUUAUGUGAAUGAUCGGUUUUAUGAUCAGCAUAGAGGACGAGUUUUAACGGUCAGUAGCCAGUCAAAUGGGUCUGAUAAAAAUAUUGGCAUAGGAUUCUCGAAAGUUAAUUUUGAUACAAGUAAUAGAAUACAUUACAAAAGAGGCCAUUCUGGAGGAUCAAGCGAUGGUGCUGACCCUGAAGAUGGAAGAUCAAGUAGCAAAGAAAAUGUGCCUCUGGGCAACUCUAGUGAAUCCCUUGUUGCUUCUCUGUAUGUUCCAAGAAAUGAUAAGCUUGUGAAAAUUGAUGGAAACUUGAUAAUACAUUCCGUUUUGGCCAGUGAGAAAGCUAUGGCCUCCCGGAAGGAUAACAGGGAGACUGGUUUGGCAAUACCUACCGCGUUGGCUAUCCCUGAUGUCAGAAGGAGUGGGAGAAUUCAUUCCCACUUAUACAGAAGUGCAAAUGAGCGACAGAAGGCUCUGUCUUCUGGCUCUACUAAUACUUUGAAGGAUCAUUUCAAAUCUAGCGCAGCUGAUGGUAAACUGCAGCAGUGGUUCCGUGAAGGUGUUGCAGGUAAUUUUGGUGUUCUGAUCUUAACACUUGAGUUUGGUUUGCCAGUCCAAAUGGCUGGAAAUAAAGUUAACAAGGGAAGGAAUGGAAGGGUUCUCCGCCAUAAACAUCUUCCCCUUAAGGGAUCCAACCUUAACAUUACUGAAGAUGGCAUGCAACCAAGUGCUCAGAAAGACAAUUUUCCGGGCAAUAAAUCUGCUUCAUCUAUGGUCGUUUCCAUCCUUGUAGAUCCCAGAGAGGCUGGAGAUGCUGAUAUCGAUGGAAUGAUUGCACCUAAGUCACUUUCUCGUAUUUUUGUUGUCGUGCUCAUGGACAGUGUCAAAUAUGUCACUUACUCGUGUGUCCUUCCACGCUCAAGUCCUCAUCUGGUGACUGCCUGAGGAAGGACAAAUAGUUGAAGCAACGUCACAAGACUAUACCUGACUCCUGUUCCCAGUUCUGUAAAUUAAAUGGACAAUAAAAUUAGCCAGCUUCAGUAGCAUCAUUGUUAAUGACUGGGACCCUAACUAACUCUCGUUUGAUGUUCUGUUGAGUGAGUAGUUCAGACCUUUGGCUUGAGUUUUAGAGUACCAGAUUACUAAAAUACUAAGAUACUGAUGUAGUUGGUAACAGGUGGAGUGACCAGUAUAUUGAUGGUGCUUACCUACUGAAUACUUCCGUGUAAUUUUUUAUAUCGACUAAUUUUUAAUACAAGUUUACGAGAAUGCAUACUUCACAUAUAUGUGUUUGUGCGUGUUCUCUCUCGGGGA